AUGUAUCAACGUGCUCUUCUUUUCUCCGCCUUGAUGGCGGCUGCGAAUGCCCAGCAGGUUGGCACGCAGAAAACCGAGACUCACCCCCCUCUUACUUGGCAAAAGUGCACUUCCAGUAGCUGUACUGAACAAUCUGGUGAGGUGACUAUUGAUCACAACUGGCGUUGGGUUCACAGCGUCGAUGGCUACACCAACUGCUACACUGGCAAUACGUGGGAUGCGACGCUCUGUCCUGACGAUGCGACUUGUGCCACCAACUGUGCUGUAGAUGGCGCAGACUACGAAGGCACCUACGGCGUGACCACCGACUCCGAUGCCCUCAAGCUGACCUUCGUCACUGGAUCCAACGUCGGUUCUCGUCUGUACCUGAUGGAGGAUGAGAACACCUAUCAGAUGUUCAAGCUCCUCAACCAGGAAUUCACCUUCGACGUAGAUGUCUCCAAUCUCGGGUGUGGCCUGAACGGUGCUCUGUACUUCGUCUCCAUGGAUGCUGACGGCGGUCUCUCCGAGUACGAGAACAACAAGGCUGGCGCCAAGUACGGUACUGGGUACUGUGAUUCGCAGUGUCCUCGUGAUCUGAAGUUCAUCAAUGGACAGGGUAACGUCGAUGGCUGGGUGCCUUCAGAAACCGACAGCAACUCAGGCGUGGGCAACCACGGCUCCUGCUGCGCCGAGCUGGAUCCACUCAAACGAUGUGCGAGGGCGAUGCCUGCGGCGGCACCCUACUCGGCUGAGCGUUAUGCCGGCACUUGCGACCCCGAUGGCUGCGACUUCAACCCCUUCCGCAUGGGUAAUGAGAGCUUCUUCGGCCCAGGCAAGACCGUCGACACCAACUCCAAGAUGACCGUUGUCACUCAGUUCAUCACCAAUGACGGCACCGACACUGGCACUCUCAGCGAGAUCAAGCGUCUGUACGUUCAGAACGGAAAGGUCAUCGCGAACUCCGCCUCGGAUGUUAGUGGUGUAACUGGAAACUCCAUCACUCCCGAUUUCUGCACUGCCCAGAAGAAGGCUUUCGGCGAUGAUGACUUCUUCGCUAAUCACGGCGGUUUCUCCGGUAUGAGCACCGCCAUGGAAAAGGGCAUGGUCCUGGUCAUGAGCUUGUGGGACGACCACUACUCCAACAUGUUGUGGCUCGAUGGCGACUACCCGACCGAUGCCACUGCUUCGGACCCCGGGGUUGGUCGUGGUACCUGCGCUAAACCUUCUGGGGAGCCGAAGACCAUCGAGUCGAGCGAUGCCUCUUCCACUGUGAUCUUCUCCAACAUCAAGGUUGGCCCGAUUGGAUCGACCUACUCUUCAUAG